AUGCUUCUCUCGGCCCGGAUAUCCAGUCUCCGCCCGGUUGCACGCCCGAGUUGCUGCCAUUCAUCAACGGAAUGCCGGCCAAUUCUUCCCCAGAAGCAAAAGAGCGAAACCGAAGCCCGCCCGUUCGUCGACUACAAGCGUCUGCGGUGCAAAGCGGGCGCUGGCGGCAAUGGGAUGAUCUCGUUCAUGCGCGCCUUUCGGAUGCCCUUCGGCGGCCCAGACGGUGGUGAUGGAGGCAAUGGCGGCCAUGUAGUUUUUCAAGCCAACAAGAAAAUAAUCGACUUGUCGCGCCUACCACCCGUGCUGCGUGCAGCUAGCGGCGCUGCUGGACAGCCAAGAUCGAGCCAUGGGAAAUCGGCAGAUCACAAAACUGUCGGUGUGCCUGUAGGUACUGUCUUUCGCAACGUUGCCGACUCGAAGCUGUUUACGCUACGCCAAGACCAGGAAAUCUUUAUCGGUGCUCGCGGAGGUGGUGGCGGCAGAGGCAACCAAUUCUACGUAUCGAACCAAGUACGAAAACCGCUGAAAGCUGAGCAAGGCGGCCCUGGCGAAGAGGUGGUCUACGAUAUCGAGAUGAGCGUCAUAGCGUCCGCGGGUCUGAUUGGCUAUCCGAAUGCUGGGAAAAGUUCGUUGCUACGAGCCAUUUCUCGAGCAAAACCGACGGUGGCUUCGUAUCCCUUCACCACUCUCAAACCCUACGUCGGCAUCGUGGAAUACGACGAUUUCGUGCAAAUUCCCGUCGCAGAUGUGCCUGGUUUGAUCGAGAACGCUCAUAAAAACGAAGGGCUUGGCUUCGAGUUUCUGAAGCAUAUUCAGCGAUGCCACGCCCUAUUCUUCGUGCUCGAUUACACGCUGGGAGAUUGGCGCGCGCAAUUUGAUGCGCUGCGUUACGAGAUAUCUCAAUUUGACGAGGAGCUAGCCCAAAAGCAAACGACGGUGGUGAUCAAUAAGAUCGAUCUGGCUCCGCGAGAUUUUGAUGAAAAGACAGUACGAAAGGAAUUUUCGGAUCUGCCUGAUUUGCCAAUGCAUUUUAUCUCGGCAAAAUAUUCGGUCGGGCUCGAAGACUUAUUGAUAGGCCUCCGAAAAUCGCAUGACCGAGCAGCGAUCGCAGAAGGA